AUGCCGUCCACAAAUCAAGGCCCCCGUCGGGUUGGUCAAUGGAUUUACCUUCGACCAGAAUGCAUCGAAGAGUACAAAAAGUGCCAUGCAGAAGUCUGGCCAGCAGUGCUAGAACAAAUCAAAGACUCCGACAUCAAAGACUACUCAAUCUACUUGACCCUUUCACCCCGUCCCACGCUUUUCGCGAGCUUCAAAUACGUCGGCAGUGCAUUUGACAAGGACAUGGAGCGUAUGGCAGCCAACCCUACAGUCCAGGAAUGGUGGCAAAUGACAGAUAGAAUGCAGGAAUCGCCUGUCGAGGGAGCAGUUGGAAGCGCCAGUGGGCCGGGAUGGUGGGGGCAGACCGAGGAAGUGUUUUAUAUGGAGUAG